AUGGACCGUCGACUACAACUCAACACAAGAUUCAGCUACAUCUUCAGAAGCAACAUGCGCUCAACUAACCUGACGACCGAUCAAGUCAAUACAACACACGCAUUCAGUGUGUUUGACGGUUGUGAGGAAAUGGUGGCAGGUGUGGUUUUUGACCUAGCUUUUCAAUGCUUUAACGUGAUUAUAGGAAUACCUGCAAACACAAUGGUCAUCGCAAACCUAAUAAACACCCGCAAUGAGCCUUCAACCUCAGACAUCUUCCUGGGCUGCCUGGCUUUCAUGGAUGCUUACUUUGGAUUCAUGACGAUCAUAGCGUUCCUCAAUUUCUACCUUUGGACGAGUCCUUUGGGUUAUAAGGCUAUGAAGUUCUCUUAUGGUGUGAAGGACACAAGUGGGCCGCUCUUUCUCUCCUGUGUCUGUCUGGAUCGAUUUAUAGCCGUCCUCUUCCCAAUCGCAUUUGGACAGUUAAAGGACAUCAAAUACAGGAUCGGUCUGUCCAUUGUGGUUUUUUUGCUCACUUUUGCUUAUGCUGCAGCCAAAUGCGUUGGUGGUCUCCCUAACUUUGAGAAGGUGUUCACUAGUGAGGUCCUGUUCGCUUUCACCUGGAUGGUGGUGUGUAACGUGGCCAUCAUGAUGGCCCUUAAACGCUCAAGAGGUUCUGGUAAAGAUGAGAUGCAUCCAAUGAAAAGAAAAGCUUUUAAGAUGGUACUAUCGAUCUUGAUCAUCAUAGUGAGCAACUAUCUCCCUCCGGUUGCUCUGUUCCCCUUUGAAGACCAUUAUCAACGUGAAGUCUUCAUUUGCUAUGUGCAGCCAGUAUGUUUUGCCUUUCUAAACAUCAGCAGCACUAUCCAGCCCUUAACCUACUUGUUUCGCUUAGAGAAAGUACCCUUCCUGCCUCAAUCUUGUGUGCAGAAGUUAUUCUGGAAGAAACAAGACAAACCCACAAAACAAUGA